AUGCCGCUCGAACUGCUAGUCGCCGGCAACAACUCGUCCCGCCAGCUAGGUCAUCACGGCUUCGACCUGGAGCACUUAUUAAAGGUCGCUAGUAUCUUCGAGGGACAAGAAUUCCCGCCAGAGUACUACACGGUUGUCGAGAUUGCCUGCGGCGCGAAACAUACGCUUGCCCUGAUCGAGCUCAAUUCUGCCCAGAAUAAACAUCCCAGGGUCAGGUAUAGAAAUCACCCUCUGUGCCGCAAGCUGAUCUAUGCUGCUGGAACCGGAAUAGAAGGCCAGCUCGGCCCCAACUGUCCUUCUUGGUCUGAGAUCGUUCCAACUGAAUUUAGUAUUAUCGACAAGCUUGUUCCUGACCCCGCCAGACUGCCAUUUAAAGAGGAACAUGCCGCGUACAAAAAGGUCGCCUGUGGUUGGUAUUGCAGUUACAUUGUUUUUACGGAGAAGGACGAAAACGAUCCGUCAGAGCUGCCAGCGAAUGAUGUACUCGUCUCGCUUGGCUUCCAUCGAGACAACACUUUUGGGGAGCUGGGAUGCCCACCGCCCGAAGCGAGCAGUGCAGAACCGAGAGAAGGCGGUGAUCCAUGUAAGCAUCUGAUCUCCUUCGCUGGUGUCUUGACCGAAGCAGGGCUAGAUGCCAACGCACAAGUCGAGAUCUUGGACAUUGCAGCGGGGCUUCGACAUGCCGUGGUGGGGCUUCUCGUCAGAACCGGCACGGAAGGACGAGUGAUAAUCGCUGGGUGGGGCUCUGCACGCCAUGGUCAGAUCGGCAAAGUGCCAGAAGUGGCUCCACCACCUUCGGCAACAUUCAAAAGACCAGGACCGGCUCCGGCGGUGGUUUUGAAACCUCGGCUCAUCUGGGAUUGGAAGACACCAGAUCCUGCCUCGAUCCGAUGCAAGGUGCGCGCCGGUAAAGAGCAUACUGUGGUGCUCGUUCAAGGAGACGUCGACGGCAAGACCUCAAUCUUACGCUGUAUUGGAUCGAACAAGCAUGGGCAAUGCGCUGGCACCGGCGACGACGACGCUUCCGCCGCGUUGCUCAAGUAUGGAGUCACACCCGACCAUAUCGCCGAUGUCACUUGCAACUGGACCACAACGCACUUUCUCGUGUCGAGGCAGAAAGGAGACGCUCGCACACGCCCACUGAUCCUCAGUUGCGGUAGCAAUGAUCAGGGUCAGAUCGGCAAUGCCUCGAGGCAAUCGACUUCGAGCGAGAAAGCGCUGGUGCCUGCCGCCACGAACGGAGGCGACUUUUACUUAACUACAGCUUUCUCCAAGGUGGAAAAGUUGGUGUCAGGGAGCGAACAUUCACUCAUCUUGGGUAAAUGGCACUGGGACUCAUCCGAAGUAAAAGCGGAGAAGGGCGAGAAGCAGGUAUGGGGGUGGGGAUGGAACGAGCAUGGCAAUCUGGCACAGGGUAUCAAAGAAUCGCGCCCGGUACAUGAUGAACCUAUGCUUCUACUUGCGCCAAAGCAGAAAUGCAUUCGUCGUGGCGCUCGGCACCAUCCAGUGAAUAUCUGGGCUGGCCAUGGGACGACGUAUGUUCUGGCCGAGGUGGAGGAGGUGGAGGAAGUGGAGGAGGUGGACAAGGUAGGCAAGGUGGACAAUGUCAUUUUCCCGCGAGGGAGACGUCCUGCCUUUUAG